AUGACCACAACAAACAACGUCUUCGCCGGGCCCGACGCCCUCAAAGAUUACUACAAUCCGGAUAAAAACCCUCCCCUUCCCCUGGUUGAGAUCCCAAAACAUCUCAACCCUUUCCACGACGAUGGAGUCCGGAUCUACGCGAAGAUGAUGACUUUCCUCCCAGCGCACAAUGUGAAAGAACUCCCGGCGUUGGCGAUGCUUUCUUCCUCCCAGAUCGAUCCGCAGAAGACGAAAGCCCUCGUGGAAUACUCUUCCGGCUCCACGGUGAUUUCGAUGGGUAUCGUUGCUCGAAUCUUGCACGGAAUCGAGGAUACGAGGGCUUAUAUCAGUAACAAAACGAGCACGAGUAAACUGCAACUCCUCCAAUUCUUCGGAUUGGAUUUGCGGUUAUUCGGUGGUCCUUCGCAGCCGGAACCUCAAGAUGAUCGAGGCGGCAUUCAGCGAGCCAGGAAGCAUGCGGAGUUGGACGACACGCUGGUGAAUUUGAAUCAGUACGAGAAUGAUUUGAAUUGGGGAGCGCAUGAGAAAUGGACUGGGCCUCAGAUCUUGAAGCAGAUGCCCACCAUUUCGGCCCUGUGUGCGGGUAUGGGGACUGCUGGGACGAUUACGGGCACGGCGAGUUAUAUGAAGCGGGCGAAGCCUCGUGUUGUCACGGUGGGAGUCACGACUGCACCUGGAGAUCGCGUUCCUGGUCCACGAAGUUACGCUCUCCUGGCUCCCGUGGAGUUUCCCUGGAGAACUUGUGUGGAUACCAUCGUUGACUGCGGAUCGCAAGACGCCUUCACCGCGUCCUUGCAUCUCACUCGAAACGGAAUCCUGUGCGGUCCAUCAUCUGGUUUCAAUCUCGUCGGUCUGACAAAGUACCUGCAGAGUCGCAAGGACGCCGGUACUCUCGAGCAGCUGCGUGGAGAAGAUGGGCAAAUCGAUUGCGUCUUCUUGUGUUGCGAUCUGCCGUAUCAGUACAUUUCGGAAUAUUUCGACAAAGUGCCUGCUAGCGAGUUCCAUCCAAUCAAGGACGCCCGGCUAACUGCCGUGGACCCGUAUCGUUACGACGACGGCUGGGAGCUUCAUCCUGAGAGCAGAUAUCUCGAGGAGAUCUGCCGCGGGUCGGACUCAGUGCUUGUGGACCUUCGAGCGGAGAUGGAUAGCAAGGAUGUCUCUAUGCCCAGGGCAUGCCACAGUCUCCACGUUCCCCUCGAAAGUCUCCAAGCAGACCAGAUCAGUCCUUUCUACGACAGCGCGCUACUAGAGCAGCAAUGGAAGGAGCUCGCACAGCAUUUGGACCGCAAAUCGCAGACAUCCAUGGUGAAACUGGAGAAGCUAGACCAGCUCCAAGGCAAGACGGCAAUAGUAGUCUGCCACGGAGGCGACACUUCACGCAUAGCGACAAGUAUACUGCGCGCGAAUGGGAUAGUCGCGUGGUCGAUCAAGGGAGGGGCCAAGUCUUGGGAAGACCACCGAAGAGAUAGUCGUCCUGUGGACAGCCCGCUGAAUGCGAGUCCCUCCACAUCACCGGUCAGAGGCUAA